AGUGAAGCGCCUUAUUUGAUGGCCAACGUUAAGCGCACAUGUGAGGGCUUGAUUGAUUUCGAGUUUAAUGAAGCAAAGUACGAUUCGAGUAAUCCUUUGGUUUUACCGGGAAAAAAUGAAUCUCGAUACAAAGGAAAACGUCAAUUAGACCGUAAUGAAAUCGUGCAAAACCAAAUCUUAUCAAAGAAAAGACGAAAAGAACUGUUACGAAAAGUAUCUCAAAAAGAGAAGAAACUAUCGCGUUCAGAGCUGUGGAGGGAAUUAGAAGAGUAUAAAAAACCUGAAACUACCCAACACAUUUCUGUCUUACCUCUGUUCAACAAACCUAAAAAUUCGGAAAAAAAGCUAACCAAUUGCAAUAUCAGGGGAAAGUCUUGGAAACAACAGUGUAAUGACCUAUCAGAUACUUCCAAAUCUACAGACGAAUAUAGCAGUGAUGAGUCUGUAUCAACAAACGAGGUUUCUUUUACACGAGUGGCCUCAGAACAGGAUGUUAUUGACGACAAAGUUGGAGAACGCACACAAACCAUUGUUGAAGACAAGCAUGAAAACAAACCUCUUGAGGCAGGAAAAGUUUCCAAACCUGCUCGGUUUGUUCUUGUUUCAAGAACACCUGAGGUAGCAGCAGCUCGUCUCGCUCUACCGGUUUUGUCUGAUGAGGCAACUAUAAUGGAAAGUAUCAGUGAAAAUGACUGCGUCAUAAUAUGCGGCGCUACAGGUUGUGGUAAAACUACACAAAUCCCACAGUUUCUAUAUGAGGCAGGAUAUGCUACAGAGGGGUAUAUGAUUGGAAUAACGGAACCCCGUCGUGUUGCUGCAAUAUCUAUGGCACAUCGAGUCGGUGAGGAACUAAAUUUGACGUCUGGACAAGUUUCUUAUCAUAUACGUUAUGAUAAAGAAGUAACCAAAGAAACGUUGAUAAAAUUUAUGACAGACGGGAUAUUGUUACAAGAAAUUAAACAGGACUUUGAACUAUCAAAAUAUUCUGUCAUAAUUGUGGAUGAGGCUCAUGAACGUUCAAUUUACUCUGAUGUUAUUCUUGGUCUUAUAUCGAUGGUAGUACGAUUACGUCGUCAAAGGUUUACCGAUAACAUACCAACAAAUGGUAAAGUACUGUCACCACUUAAAUUGAUUAUCAUGUCUGCAACUUUAAAAGUAGACGAUUUUGCUGAAAAUCGUCGUUUAUUUCCACACAAUCCGCCUCCAGUAAUUCAUAUCGAAUCACGUCAGUAUCCUGUAGCAUGUCAUUUUGCCAAAGUAACACAUCCAGAUUAUCUGAAGGCCGCAUUUCGAAAGGUUGUAUCAAUUCACAAGACUUCACCACCUGGUGGAAUUCUUGUAUUUGUCACUGGUCAGCAAGAAGCAAAUACACUUUGCAGUUGGCUUACAAGGGCUUUUCCAAAGAUGGAUGAUCAAAAAGUAAAUUUAACAAAUGAAAAAUCUAAUAAAACUCAUAAACACCAGAAACAAACGAAGAAAUUAAAAGAGUCUGUCAAUGCAGCCGCUCCCUCAAAUUCAUUAGAUAGUACUGUUUUAGAAGAAAAAGAUCAGUUUAACUCAGGCAUAGAUCUGAACAACUUUGAUAUUAUUCCUGUUGAUGAAGAAACGGAAAUUGGUCAUACUCGAAUUAAUUCUAAAGAAGUUAUUUCAACGAAAGAAAAACAGUCGAAUAAGGUUACUUAUGAGACGGUGAAUGAUAGUGAUGUUGAAGAGAUUGGUGAAGAUGAUGAUAUACUCGGGCAAAUUAAUGAAAUUCGUAAUGAAUCUUAUCCGGGACCAGUUUACGCUUUACCAUUUUAUUCAUUAUUAUCACCGGAACGCCAACAAAGUGUAUUUCAGCCACCACCUGAAAAUCAUCGUCUCAUUGUUGUUGCUACGAAUGUUGCAGAGACUUCAAUCACAAUCCCGAAUAUUCGAUUUGUUGUAGAUACUGGCAAGGUGAAAACCAAAGUUUAUGAACCAGCUACUGGGACUUCUAGUUUUGAAAUUAUCUGGAUUAGUCAAGCAUCCGCUGAACAACGUGCAGGAAGAGCUGGUCGUAUUGGGCCGGGGCAUUGUUAUCGUCUUUAUAGUUCACAAAUCUUUUCAAGCAUGAAACAAUUCUCUACUCCUGACAUACUUUCACGUCCUAUCGAUGAAGUGGUUUUAAUGUUAAAGCUUUACCUGGGUAAUACAAAAUUAACGUUGUUUCCUUUACCAACUCCUCCUUUGCCACAAGCGAUUGAAGCAGCUGAAAGACGACUAAUCGCUCUUGGUGCCUUAAAAGAGAUUGUCAAUGCUUCUGGAGGCGUAUCUCGUACAAUUACGGACGCUGGUAAAUGGAUGACACGUGUUCCAGUUCCUGCACGCUUUGCACGAAUGUUAUUAUUUGCAAAUCAAUGUCAAUUAAUGCCGUAUGCUGUGAUACUAGUUGCUGCCUUAUCUGUACCAAAUCUCUUCCUCUCUCAAGUUGCAGAUACACCUGUCUCGGAACAAGAGAAAACUUUUCAGUCAAAUUUUGUCCAACAGUUUGUCAGAAAAAAAGAAGAUUUAUAUCUGGGAGACCUUGCAGUACUACUGGGGACAAUAUGUUGUUUAGAACGCUACUCAGCUCAGCUCAGUGGACUGACUCCUGCAGAACCUGGUAUAAUUGAAUCUGUUGGUGGGAAGACCUACGUAUCACGUGAUCCUGAAGGUGCAUUGAGACAGCUCGUUCAUCGAUGUGGUGUCCGGUGGAAUGCAUAUAAAGAGGUUAAGCAACUUCGUAAACAACUAACCGAUAUUUUGAAUGUGAUUAUUCCGGAUCUUGGUCUUUCGAUUGAUCUGUGCUUACCUAAACCCAGUGAUUUUCAAAUGAUCCAGUUGAGACAAUUGUUUCUAGUUGGUUCACCUUGUCAAAUUGCUAAAAAACUUAAUGUCUCUGUCACUGGUUUACCGGGUAAUGAACGUCGUAGACUACGUUAUGCCUAUGAAGUAAGUGAAGUCCAAUACAUCUCAUUGUAUAUUUUACAGUCGAAUUCAGUAUCGUACACUUAUUUUCUGUAAUAUUUCAAAUACGAUCUAUUCGGAUUACGUACCAAAGUUACAAUUCAUUCAUCAACUUAUACAUAAAAUUACUGCUCUAUGUAUUCAUCCCGAUAUUUAUUAUAACUGAAAUAGUAAUAAUGAACUGUGUUUCUUCUUGUAUAUGAAUUGGCCUCUUCAAAUGUCCCUGUCUUUUAGUGGUUUGUUUUUGUCUCAGUUUGUUUCGUAUUUAGACCAGUUGUGUUAUGCUUACCAUGACUUUAUUUGUACGAUAAUUUGUAGAUUCCUGGCAAACAAGGACCCGUAUUUAUUGAUUCAAAUUCCACUUUGGCACGUGAAAAUUUCCCUUUCGUAGCUUAUUUGGAGCUACAUACCACUUCAAAACCAUUCUUACGUUGUAAGAAGAAUGUUUUUUAUUGAGUUGCUAUGUCUUCCGUGUGUGUUGGACAAGUUUCAUCGGGUUUCAACAUGUCCUGUUUGUAAACUUUGUUAGCAUUUCAUACACCCUAAUCCCUUGACAAAUUUAAGUAAACGUAAAGAUAAAGACUUGCAAAGCAACAUGAAUUCACUAUAUUUCAAGGCUUCUCAUCAGCGACGAACGGCUUAAAUUUACAGCUGAUGGGAAGCCUUGAAAUAGAGAAAAUCCGCGUUAUUCUGUAAAUCCUGUGGUUCUCUUUUGAUUAAGAGAUUUUUAUGAUUGGUUUGAAUUCGCAUGGAACAAAUGUCAGUGUUACGAGUAUUUUUGCGAGGAUACCUGUACUAAUUUGUAAUGCUUUACAAACUACGUGAAAUUCUACUACUUCCAAUAGCUUUCUAAACAAUACUAUUCUUCACCUUAUGGUGGAUAUGAAUAGCUCCUCAUCCCAAGCAAUUACUGAAUGAUUAGUGGAAAUUAGUUGACUGGUCAGAAAGAUGAUUAGUAGAAAUACCACUCGAUUCAUUUCUUUUAUCGAAUAAAUUGCUGACGUCAAUUCUUCUGAAAGGAAAACGGUGUUACUAGAUUUUGUUUUUGUCUUCACGAAUGUUCCCCAAACGUUGACAAUUUACUAUUUGCGCAACCAUAUUAAAAUAACCUAGACGUAUGUUUUUAAAAACGUUUUUAAAGGGAACUAACCCAACGUCACACUCUCAAGGUAUAAUUCAUAUUCUUUGGGCAGAUAGAUGGUGUUGCAAGGGACUCGUCAGUUAGGGCCUGUUUCAGCAGACUGUGUCAUGGUGAACCUAAAGAAUAUUGUUCUCUAACCAAUAGUUGGUGAUUGUAAUUUCUUUAAGGGCAAUGUGGUUGAUACCUUCAUCAUUCAGGAAAAUAGCUAUCUAAACAAAAUUAGUAUGUAACGAUGAAUCUUCUUACAGAUAGAGUUCUGUCUCUAAAAUUUUAGUUUUCAUCAUCUAAACCCUAAUUGAACAUAGCAUCUGCGUAUAUGUAUAGUAAAUUUUAGCUUGUGGCACUAAGCUUAAUGGCUAUGAAAUAAAUACUUUUAGAUCUAGUUCACAAGUUGACUGAGGUUCAAAUUUGUAAUUGCUACAAUUGAUCUCAGUGAUAUUUUAUGUAAUUUGUGUAUAAUGUACGAAAACAUUUAGUAUUUAAUGAUACUCUUUUUAUUUCGAAUGUCGUUAUAUUUUUAGUUCGCUCUUUUUCCUUGUCAUACUUUUCAAUCCAGUUAUAAACAUAUUUUUAAAAAAUUGAAAGUGUAGGAAACAAUGAAUUGGCUAAACUCUUACAGUCUUCGUUCAUAUGUGCAGUUUUCGGAAGAUUUAGUUCCACAAUUGUUUGUCUUUUCCUAAUUGAAUUACGUCUUACUUGUAAAUAAUAUUAAGAGUAUUUUUGCCAAAUACUUGUGGAGUUCAUUGUUAAAUUUACAAUUAACGUCUUAUUACAAAACUAGAUAUUUAAAAGUUUAUUUUAAACGUAUUAAUUAGAGGCUUUGUAUAUAUUUAUCGAUUUGUAUAACAUUUUAGCUGUUUGUGCAAUCGAUCCUGGAUGGAUCCCAUUCUUGGCGCCUCACAGUUAUGCUGUCAGUGAACUUGUAUUGACAGAUAAUGUUGACACCAGUGAAAAUAAAUCUGGAAAUCAGAGCACAAUUAACGAAUCAAAUAAUAUCGGAAAUGGUGAUGAUGAAGGCACUAAAUCUGCUGCCAAUACAUCUGUUAUAUCCCUUCCCACUCCGCGUUAUGAUUCUGAACGCGAUAUUAUUGUUACAGGUGCGAAAUCUAUUAUAUAUAUUGGGUUGGGUGUUGUUCCCGAGUCUAGUGCACCACUGUUUGAUAAUCAGUAUUUGGAUCUGCCAAGCACGGUUCUUGUUCCUAUAAAUAGCAUUGCUGCGGCUCAAUCACUAGGUUUCAAAGAAUCAUUAACAUGGAGUGUCCGGUGGUUUACUCGUUAUCUUUUGGAAGGUGUAAUAUUCUCUGAAUUUAAAAAGUGGUUCCCUUUAAAAAUAAAAAAGAGUAUUUCACCACAAAUUGUAACUGUUUCAUGGGGGAUCAUUCGCCCUGAGGUACGUUCUAUAGUAUCUCUUCUUGUUACUGACAAGAUCGAUUCAAAGAGGAAACUAUUACAACAAUGGGAGUCUGACGUCCAUUAUCUUUCGAAAGAGCUGGCAUCAUGGAUACGCCCGGAAUAUGUCAAUGACUUCCAUGCAUCGUGGCCGCUGAUACAAAGUCGCCCCAUAUCAUAAAUCCGCGAUAAGGUUUACAACAUGUAAAUUAUUUUUAUCCUUGUUAUCAACUUUCCAAAUACAUAUGUACAGUAGUAUUUAUUUCCUU